AUGAGCAACGUCAAGGAUACUGCUUCCGGUGGCCCAUCGGCCGCCGUCACGGCCAUUGAUGCGGGCAAGUUGGUCUUCUUUGGGAAUGAGUUCCCGAAUGAUGACCUCAAGGACUUGUUCCGCCGCCUCUACAGACAGAGCAAAGACAGACGGUUUCGACAGCUCUCCGCUUUCCUCGAGGAAGUCACAAGCGUCCUCAAGAAGGAAGUCUCACUCCUGCCUCAACCGAUGAGGGAGGUUGUCCCUCACUUCGACUCAGUCUGCCACCUCAUCGAGCAUGGUGACUUCCGAAAUACACCGCUGGGAGCUGCCAUGGAGAGUGUUUUCCUCACCACACUACAACUUGGAAUGUUCAUCGGUCACUACGAGGCCGAAGGCUUGGCCUGGGAGGCAGUACAGUCUCGCAUCGUUCUUGCUGGUCUGAGCAUUGGUCUAUUCAGUGCUGCAGCUGUCGCUCUCUCUUCCAGCCUCUCCGAUCUUGUCCAAAAUGCUGCAGAGACCUUGAGAGUCUCAUGGCGCCUGGGAGUGUUCGUCGCCGACUUCUCACGGAAGCUCGAGGCUCCUCAGCCUGAUGGCUCGCUCCAGAGUUGGGCCCAUGUUGUUCCGGGAAUGACUCAGGAUGCCGUCCAGCAAGAGCUCAACAAAUUCAACAAAGACACCGGAAGCCCCGAGCUCACCAAAGUUUUCAUCUCCGCCGCCGAUAAAUCGUCCAUCGGUGUCACAGGACCACCGUCCCAACUCAAAGCCGCCUUCCAGCACAGUGGUGUCCUUCGCUAUGCGAAAUCCUUCCCAUUGCCUGUCUAUGACGGCGUCUGCCAUGCCUCGCAUGUGUACAGCGACAGUGACGUCGAUGAGAUCAUCGAAGGUUCAGAGUCGGCUCUGCAGUCAAGUACGAUUCCUGUCAGAGUCGCGCUUUUGUCGACGUGCACUGGCAAGCCAUAUCCCUCAGCCACAGCAGCGGAGCUCUAUCGCGAUAUCUGCAAGGAGCUUAUCACUGGUACCAUCUACAUGGAUGAUAUGACCGACAACAUCGUGCUCGGAUUGAGUAACAUGCGAGGCAUGAAUAAGUGCUACAUUCAGAGCUUCCGCACAAGCUUGAUCCUCCGAAACGUCACGAAUGCGAUCAAAUCGGCUCUCACCGAAGCUGAAGUCAGCAACGUCGACUUCCUGGACUGGGCGUUCAAGGAAUACGGUGCCCGACGAGCUGCCACUGCAGCUGAUGCCAAACUCGCCAUAGUCGGUAUGGCCUGCCGCAUGCCAGGCGGUGCCGAUGAUCUCGACAAGUUCUGGGAACUUAUCAGUUCGGGUCGUGACACUCACACUACCAUCCCUGAGAGUCGCUUUGACCUUGCUACGCAUUACGACCCUACCGGAAAGACCGAGAAUGCAACUCAGACUCCGUACGGUAACUUCCUACAGGAUCCAGGCCAUUUCGAUGCAGCCUUCUUUCAGAUGAGCCCACGGGAGGCUGAGCAGACAUGCCCUAUGCAGCGGUUGGCUUUGGUUACUGCUUACGAAGCACUCGAGAUGGCCGGUACAGUUUCUGGCCGCACUGCUUCAUCUGACCCGUCGCGAAUUGGCACAUACUACGGUCAGGCCAGUGACGAUUGGCGUGAGCUUAACGCUUCGCAAAAUAUUGGUACUUAUGCCGUGCCUGGGGGUGAACGAGCAUUUGCCAACGGUCGCAUCAACUACUUCAUGAAGUUUAGUGGACCUUCUCUCAACAUAGACACUGCUUGUUCAAGCUCUGCUGCUGCCAUCAAUGCCGCCUGCUCUGCGCUUUGGGCUGGGGAGGUCGAUACUGCUAUCGCUGGAGGAUUGAACGUCAUUACCGACCCUGACAACUACGCGGGUCUCUGCAAUGCCUUCUUCCUUUCCAAGACGGGCCAGUGCAAGGUGUGGGAUAAGGACGCUGACGGCUAUUGCCGAGCUGAGGCCAUAGCCAGUGUUGUGAUCAAGCGGCUCGAAGAUGCCGAAGCUGACAAUGACAAAAUCCUCGCCGUCGUUCUGUCUGCAAAGACCAACCACUCGGCUGAUGCAAUCUCCAUCACCCAUCCCCAUGCGGGUGCUCAGGAGAGCAACUACCGCAACACAGUAUACCGCGCGGGCAUUAACCCGCUCGAUGUAGGCUACGUCGAGAUGCACGGAACCGGCACUCAGGCUGGAGAUGCUGCUGAAUCGCAGUCCGUGUUGAGCGUUUUCGCUCCUGCAACACACGGCAGGAAAGCUGACCAGCCAUUGUUGCUCGGUGCAGUCAAGAGUAAUGUCGGCCACUCGGAAGCUGCUGCCGGCAUCACUUCAUUGAUCAAGGCUCUGCUUGUUUUCCAGAAUGGAAUGGUCCCGAGACACAUUGGUAUCAAGACCGAAGUGAAUCCGGCAAUUCCAAAAGAUCUAGCUCGACGACAGGUCACUUUGCCGCUGGAGAAUGCCGCAUGGCCGCGUCCUGCCGGAAAGAAGCGAACAGCACUCGUGAACUCUUUCGGCGCUCACGGAGGUAACACCACGAUUCUUCUGGAGGACGGCCCGGAAGUGGAGAAACUUCUGCUUACAGGCGACCGCACCUCGCAUGCUUUUACCAUCUCCGCCAAGAGCAAGAACUCGCUCGUUGGCAAUAUUCAGAACCUUCUCUCCUACUUGGAGAAGAACCCUGGGGUCAACCUUGCUAAUAUUUCCUACACUGUCUGCAGCCGGAGACUUCACCAUAGCUUGCGUCUCGGAACCACAGUCUCUAACAUCUCUCAGCUGAAGAAGUUCCUCGAGACCUCCGCGGCGAAGCUGGAAGUCAAGUGCAUUCCAAUGAACGCGCCUUCUGUCGUUUUCACUUUCACCGGUCAGAGUGGAUCGCUGCGCGGUAAACGCCAAGAGCUCCUCGACCAAUCUCCCUACUUCCGCAGCCAAGUAUCUCAGCUCGACAGGAUCGUGCAGCGAUUGGGAUUUCCCUCUAUUAUGCCCAUUCUCGAAGGUACUGCCGAAGAAACCGCUGAUUCGCCUGUCCUCAGUCAGCUCAGCAUCGUUGUUCUGGAGAUCGCCCUUGCACACUACUGGUUCAACCUUGGCAUUCGUCCAGCAGCUGUAGUCGGACACAGUCUUGGGGAAUACAGCGCUCUUGCUAUAGCAGGCUGCAUCUCCUUCGCCGAAGCCCUCAACAUUGUUGGUCGCCGCGCGCAACUCACAGAGAAGCUCUGCAAAGCUGGUAGCCACUCCAUGCUCUCUGUCCGCGCGACACCCGAGGCUAUUCAGACCGCUGUUGAGGCAGAGAAAGAUGCUGGCGAGCUCGUUUACAAAAUCACUUGCAUCAACAGCCAUGCUGACACCGUCAUUGGUGGUGACAAGGACAUAAUCGGGAAGCUUCGACUUAUUCUUGAGAGGCUCAGCUUUAAGUGCACCUUGCUUGAGCUUCCCUACGCCUUCCAUACUGCACAAAUGGAUGUCAUUCUCGAAGACCUCGGCAAAAUUGCUUCCGGUGUCCACUUCAAGGCCCCGAGCGUGCCCGUUAUCUCCCCUAUCAUGGGCAGUGUCAUUUUUGAUGGCAAGACCGCAAACGCCGAAUACCUCAAGCGACACACCCGCGAGACUGUCAACUUUGCUGCGGCAAUCGACGCCGCACAUGACAUGGGUAUUGUCGACGAAAAGACCAUGUGGGUCGACAUCGGGCCACACCCGGUCUGCACUACCUUCGUCCGCAGCUUGAUUCCGGAGGCCCGUGUCGCAGCAUCGUGCCGUCGCAAUGAGGACAACCUUACCACUAUCGCCAAGAGUCUCAUCAUUCUGCAUCUCGCAGGAGUACCUGUGAAGUGGAACGAGUUUUACAAGCCGGAUGAGGCCUCUCUUUCCCUUCUAACCUUACCCAAGUACAGCUGGAACAACACCAACUACUGGAUUCCCUACAUUGGUACUUGGACUCUUGACAAGGCCAAGCUCAAGUACGGUGAGCCUGAUAAGCCCGCGGAGAAGCAGAAUGUCGCCGUCUCCACAUUCCGUACUUCGUUGAUUCACACUGUCGUUGAGGAGACUGUGAGCGCCGAGGGCGUCUACAUGCGCGCGAUUAGCGAUAUGCAGCAAGGAGAAUUCUUUGAGAGCAUCUGGGGUCACCAGAUGAAUGGAUGUGGUGUUGCGACAUCGUCCAUCUGGUCUGAUAUGGUCUUGUCUGCCGGCGAGCAUCUAUACAAGCUCCUGGUCCCUACUGCCAAAGAUGUGCACAUGCGAUUCCAAGACUUUGAGGUCUUGCAUGCGCAGAUCGCUUCCAAAACCCCCGGCAUCUCUCAAUUGCUGGAGUUGGAAGCCCAGCUCGAUGCUGCUUCUGGCACCAUGACUACGCGCUUCUUUAAUGUCGAUUCCACGACCGGCAAGCGCCACGAUGAGCACUUCGCCUCUGGUCUCGUGUCAUUCGAGGACCCUAAUCGAUGGACUGCCGAGUGGUCUCGAGUCGAGCACUUGAUCCUCGGACGGAUUGACGCUCUGGACCAGCUGGCCGCUACUGGCAAGGCCAGCAGACUUAACAAGAAUAUGGCUUACACAUUGUUCAAGAAUGUCGUCGAUUACGCCGACCGUUACCGGGGCAUCGAUGACGUUGUCAUUAACGAUCACGAAGCGUUUGCAAACAUUACCUUGACCAACGACCGUCAUGGAAGCCAUCACACUCCGCCCCACUGGAUUGAUAGUGUCUGCCACUUGGCGGGCCUGAUCAUGAACGGCAGCGAUGCAUCCAACACCCGCGACUACUUCUACGUCACACCUGGCUGCGAGAGCUUCCGUCUGCAUAAACCUCUCGAGGCAGGCGGUAAGUACCGCAGCUAUGUUCGUAUGUUCCAGCUUCCCUCGGAGAACUUCGGCGGUAGUAUCGUCUACGGCGGUGAUGUCUACAUUUUCCAGGGUGACACCGUCGUGGGCAUGGUCGGCCAGAUUCGCUUCCGUCGCGUUCCUAGGAUGCUGAUGGAUCGCUUCUUCAUUGCACCGGACGCCAAUACGUCAACCUCUCAUGCAGCCCCGGUCGCUGCCCUCAAGCCAGCAUCCACUGUCGCCGUUGCCGCGUUCAAGAAGGAUGCUCCUCCAGUUCCGAUCAAGAAGGCUCAGCUAUCAACUCCUCCCGCAUCUAUCCCCAUUAUUCCCCAGCGCAUCGACAUCACUCCUUCGAAGCAACAGGCGAAGCCAAGAUUUGGCCCAGUGGAACCUCUUACGCCUCCUUCCGAAGAAACCCUCGAGAAGGUAUACCCCGAACCCAUCGCCGCUGCCGCACCUGCGACGCCAGCUCCCUCCGUCACCGAAAUUACCAUCGAAGCUCCCGCUGGCGUCGCAGGACACUGUCUGCAAGUCAUCGCCCGCGAGACCAAUCUGCCCAUGGAAUCUCUCGCUGAUGAGGCGGCAUUCGCGGACCUGGGAAUCGACUCCCUGCUCUCGUUAGUACUGGCAGAGAAAUUCCGCGCUGAGGUCGGUAUUGAGAUCAAGAGCUCGCUGUUCUUGGAGUGUCCGACGAUUGGCGAAAUGAAGGCUUGGCUGACACAGAACUGUUGA